CAUUGACCACAAAGAUCCAAACAGCUAAGAAAACCAGAAAAAAAAAUGGUCUUUUAGACUUGAGAGCUGGUAAACAGAAUAUGGAGAUCCCUUUUGGCUUACAUUGCUUGGAAAUCAUCGUGUGCCUUGUUGUUCAGCUUGGAGAAUAUUUGUUGGCUUGUUGCAGCAAAUAAAAACGAAAAAACAAUAAAGCCAAAAGAAGCACACAUGUUGAGUAUAUAUUUAUAUAUUAUACUCAUUGUUACAAACAUUUGCAGUUGUAAGCAACCACAGGAACACAGACCACAGAAAGAAGGAAAGAAAAGGAUUCCAAGGAAGUAUAACAUGGAAAUGAUAAUGGGGAAGGGUGAGAAAAACCCAGGAAGGUGCCGGAUGUGCAUGGCAGAAGGUGAGACUCAGGCAACUCGUGCCAAACGUAGAGAUCCAUCUGCAGCUACACUUGGGGGUGAUGACAAUCAGAGUCUCCUGCAGCAACAGACUGCUAAAACUUCAGUGGCUACUACUGUGAAAAGAAGUUCAAGAUUUCGCGGUGUUAGCAGACAUAGAUGGACAGGUAGAUUUGAAGCUCACCUGUGGGAUAAGCUCUCUUGGAAUGUAACACAGAAGAAGAAAGGAAAACAAGUAUACCUUGGAGCUUAUGAUGAAGAAGAAUCUGCAGCAAGAGCAUAUGAUUUAGCUGCAUUGAAGUAUUGGGGGACAUCAACUCUUACCAAUUUUCCGAUAUCAGAUUACCAGAAAGAGAUUGAAAUAAUGCAAACAGUAACAAAAGAGGAAUAUUUGGCCUCUUUAAGAAGAAAGAGCAGUGGGUUUUCAAGAGGGGUAUCCAAGUACAGGGGAGUUGCCAGGCAUCACAACAAUGGGAGAUGGGAAGCAAGAAUUGGAAGAGUUUUUGGAAACAAAUAUCUAUACCUUGGCACCUACAGCACACAAGAGGAGGCAGCUCCUGCCUACGACAUCGCAGCAAUUGAGUACAGAGGGAUUACUGCAGUGACAAACUUUGACUUGAGCACUUACAUCAGAUGGCUAAAGCCAGAAAUAGCUGCCAAUGAAACUGAGACAUUUAUAGAUCCUCUGAUGUUGCCAUCUACUAAUAACUACAUUCCAAGAGAAGAAUCUAAACCCUCAUUCAUCAGCACUAUUGGGUUAAGUUCAGAUUACCUGGGCUCCCCUCAGAAACAAGAAGUUUUCCAAAGCAAACUCCCUGUUAGCCCUUGCAACAAGAGUUCAUCACCAACUGCCCUUAGCCUCCUGCUUCGAUCUUCCAUAUUCAGGGAAUUAGUUGAGAAGAAUUCCAAUAUCUCUGAGGAUGAAAUUGCUGGUGAAGAGACAAAGAACCAACGACAGAUAUUCAGUGAUGAUGAGUUUAGUGGGAUCUUUUACGAUGGAAUUGGCGACGUCCCAUUUGCAUACUCCAACAAAGACAGUUUAGAGUUGCAAGAAAGAGAACUUCAAUUCGUUUUUUGAUCAGAGAAGAAUGUGCAUACAGUUCAACAAUCUGUAAAUUCCUCCAUUUUGUGAAUUAGAUAGGAAUGGCAGGUGCUUAAAAGUCUGCAGUGCUUUUCAUAUGAAAUUUGUGGAUUAAAGCCACCUUCUGUUAAUAUCUAAUACAUUUUUUUCUUUUUGCCCUUUCCUCUUUGCCAUUGUUCACAUCAGCAGUUCUGCCACCAGACCCCCACCCCUCUUCCAGAUCUAAAUUUCUCUAAUAACUGAAUCCAGGAUUGAAAAUCGUAAAGUAUAGUCACCACUUCAUCUAAGAACUUAUGAUGUACUAGGCAUGUCAACAGGGGAAGGAAAAAAGGAGAGUAAAUGGACAAUAGAGAAAUCUGGUUGAAGAAAGCAGAGCAUAUGCGUAUCAUUUCACCACAUUUUAGACAAACAAGUUUUGGGUGAUUGGAAUUACUUCAAGAAAGAA